GAUUACAAGGUUUUAAAUGGCUUCCCAGUACUUCGGAUGCAGGUACAAACUGUACCAAAAUUGCUGCAAGAAAACAAAAUAAACAAGUUAAUGUAUGUACAGUUUACAUUAAGUAGAGAUUAAGAGGAAACGACUACAGAAAUUUUAGGAUUUUGUUCGUGUUUUUCUGAUUUCCCACAGAUUCGUUCCUUUAGUAUUACAGAGUGUAGACCCAAUUGUACCGAUUUCUCUACUUAAUCGUAUGUAGAUGGGAAUAUCGAUACGCAAUGAAUGGGAAGAUAAUAUAUCAGUUUCUUUUUUUUAUAAUAAAUACAACUCUCUAUGGACUUGACAAUGCUUUUACCUUGCAUUGCCCCUUUAAUUCGCAGUGGAAAUUUAAAGCAAGGGGAAAAUGUAAUAUAUCCGACACAUAUCAGUGUUUAUACGAUGUAAAUAAAUUGCAGAACAUUGAAUCAUGCAGGGACAGACCACAUUUUGAAGCGCCUGGGUAUAAAAUACAAAUAGUUGGAAAUUUAGAAGGUGUACAAUGUGCGAGUGAUCGUUAUCAACCCUUUAUUUUCUGGACAAAUGGUAGUAGCAGUUGCAAAUUUGAAAAAUCAAUUUGCGCCGGCGAAGGACAAAUACCUUUUUCAUUGGGUACAACCAAAGCAGACAGUACGUGUAGAUGUGACUACACACAGGGAUACGAUUUUGUCGUUAGACCAAGAAAUACAUGCUUCUGUAUUCCCUCUGAAGAAGACUGUUCUUGUUUCAUCAGGCAAUGUCCUAGUGGAUUUGUACUUUCUCCAGAUUAUAAAUGUGCAUCAGUGGAGGAGUUGCUUGCAAACUCACAGUGUCCAAUACCAACUAUAAGUGUAGAAGAUACUGAAACACAGAUCCUGUCCAAAAAUGAGCCAGGUUAUUCUCAUGAUUAUAAUGAUGUUCCUGUCCUAAAAAUUGUCGUCUCGGUGCUGAUUUUGCUGGUUAUAGGUAUUUGUUGCGUGCAAAUCAUUGGUAUUCUUAUCAUUGAAGGCAUUUACAAAAGAAAUAUCUAUGAGGAUGAAAAACAGAUGCUAACAGCAAUACCAAUACAUGAAAACACAAGCGAUAUGGAAAGUUUGAAAGACAAUUUAAUGAAAUUUAAACCUACUCAUGCUUCAGAAGAAAUUUUACUCGCGAUCACAGAAAACCCGUGCGUUUUAAUUACUGGACCCUUCGGAUCAGGAAAGACCGCUAUUGCAUACCACAUAAUUUCAAGGCUAGAAAAGGAAGGCUACGAAAUAACCGUUGCUUCGGAUCCAGAGCAAAUUGUAAGACGUUUCCAUCGAAAUCAAAGACAGCUUUUUCUAAUGGAUGAUAUACUAGGAAAAUACUCGUCAAAUAUACCUGACAUCAUUGCUAAAUUGGAAAAGUGCGGGUCAGCUAUAAAUACAAUAUUUGAAAAAAGUGAUACCGUUAAGGUGCUUAUAACAUGCAGAACAUACAUUUUUCAACUAUACGCACAGUAUUUUGAAUCUUUGAGAGAGCAUGUAUCAUUUAUUCACAAAAAUCUAAUUGCGGAAAACCUACGAUUAAAAUUGGAAGAACGAAAAGAAAUUUAUAAGUCUUACUUUGAAUCCGAUCCACCAGAACUAAUUUCUGAUGAUAUUUUGAUAUUGUAUCAUUUUUAUCCAUUAAUUUGUUCGUCCCAUAACAAGGAAUAUGUGUUAGAAUACUUCAAACAUCCCAAAAAAAUUGUAUCUGCAGAAAUUUCUGGCUUCAAAAGACUUUCCGACACUGGUUAUCUCGCGUUAGCAAUUCUUGUCGUCUUGAACAAUAGAGUAGAAAAUAAAAUGCUUCUUGAUAUGAUCAAUUCUAAGAAAACUGAUCAUAUUAUUUUUAAAGACAUUUGUGAUGAAUCGUGUUUCGAUCAAUACCCAUCUAAAAGUAUGUUGCUCAUGACAUUUACGUCAUUAAAAGGCGAAUUUAUCAAGGGUGACGACACGUUCUUGUCUUUUUUAUGUCCUGAAUUGUUUGAUAUUGUCGCAAUGUGUAUAGGAGGAUCAUUUAUAAAAAGUAUUCUAACACACAGCAGUAGUGUAUUUAUCAAAGAAAAACUACGGCUAUUUUCAUCACAAACAGAUGGUUGCCGCCAUGCUAUUACCGUACAACAGAACAUGGAAGAUCACUUUUAUCGUCGUCUUACAUCUGACAUGAAUAAUAAUUUCAUUGAUGAUGUUUUAUGUAAUCACCUAUUCCAUUCAGCGGAAAACAGAGCAAAAUUUCUCAUUCAUGUUAGAAAACAAGUGAAAGUAAAGAUGCUUGAAGACAGAGAAACUGAGUCAAACGUACUUCAUAUUGUUUCAUUAGUAGGAUAUUCAGAUGUUAUUAGACAUUUUCUCAGAUACAGUGAUUGUCCAGAUAUCAAUAAGAAAAAUAAAAGGGGAGAAACACCCCUCCAUAUAGCAUGUAAAAACAGACAUGUUCGUAUUGUUGAAUGUCUCAUAAAAGGUGGAGCUGACAGAGAUAUUAAAGAUAAGGAUAAAAAGACUGCACUUCAUUAUGGAUGUGAAACAGGUGAUAUAAAUAUUGUUAGACUACUUACCAGGAAUGAUGUUAUAUCAAUUAAUGAAAAAGACGCGAAAGGUAUGGCACCCAUUCACAUAGCUUGUGAAAAGGGACAUGAAGAUGUAAUUAAGUACCUGAUUGAAAAGAAAGCCAAGAUAGAUGAAUCAGACAAAAUAGACAGAACACCGCUGCAUUAAGCAUGUACACAUAGUAUGUAUAAUAUUGUGGAAAUGUUAAUAUUGAAUAAUGCGCGUGUAAACAAACCUGAUAGACAAGGUUAUACACCUCUUCAUAUUGCUCGUGAAUGUAAGAUCGAGGAAGUAGUUAAACUAUUAGUAAACCAUAAAGCAGUUCAACAUAGCAAAACCAAACUAGGACAAAAACCAAAGGAUACUAUUUUUCAAAAUAGAUUUGGUACUAAAUCAAAAGGUUUACAUCAGAGCAAGAAUAAUUAGUACAAGGCACAGUUUUUUUGUGAUAUUGUUGUAUUUUAAAUAUUCUAUUUUGAGCUGUCCUUGCAUUGUAUAUAUUAAUAUUAUUUAAUGAAUAACAUUCAUACAAUAUAAAAUUUUCAAAUGUUAUAUAUUAUAAGCAGAGAGAGACAUAUGUUAUAUAUACGAUAACUAUUUUACAUUUGGUAAUUGAAAUGCAAAAUAUUUUACCACUUUCAAAAGUAUGCAUAUCUCAAAUAGUUAUUUUAGAUCUAUAUCACAAAUAAGGACGUUGCAGAUCAGCUGACAAACAAUGUUUUCGUAUUUUUACAACGAGUGUAGAUUCAGAGCGUGUGAAAAGAGUCAUAAUAUACUUGUAAUGAAAUAUUUCAUUUGAAUUGAUGAUGAUUUCGCUAAAUUUUCUAAUUAUACUUUUUUGUCAUGAACAGUAUAAUCAAAAACCAUGAGUAAAUAAUAAAAGACAACACCAUAUGCAAAAACAAAAGAGAAACGAUAAAAAGGCAAAUAACAUUCCACAAAAUACUACGCAAAAAAUAUACUAAAGAUUGGCGAACAGGAACUCUAACAGAAACCAAAAAAGGUUUCAGGAGUUUUGGAAGUUCAUACAGUUUAUACUCCACAAGUGGCACCCGUCGUAAAGUUACAAAUGCCAACAACUGCUUAGUAUGCAUUAAAGACCGGGGCUAGGGUAUUGUUGAGAAUAGUACGAAGUAAUAACGUUACGUUUCCCGUACUUACGUUCACAUGUUUGUGACGUUAUUUGUACCUUUUAUGGGCUUCGCCAUUGUAAAUAAUAUACGCAAAGUAAACACAACACAAAGUACAUAUACGACUUACUUAGUUUAUUCCAUACAUUUAUGGUGCCGUGACUAGGAUAAUCUUUGAGCACGCUUUGAAAUAUCUGAAGCAGUCAAUACAUAUGUUUCUACAGACAUUAUUGAUAGUGAACCGUUAACACCCGCGCACCUGUUGUAUGGACGCCGAGUUACAACAUUACCGUAUCCACGUACCGAAAUUGACAACAUUAAAGAUUAUCUACACUUAUUGAACAUUCUUGGAACCGUUGGAAAUUUGAGUACUUAACCUCACUUCGAGAAUUUCAUAAAAAGACCGGAGACAAUAAGAUUAACAUUAAAGUAGGAGAUGUAGUUCAAGUGCAUGACGAUAAACCGCGAAUAAAAUGGAAAACAGCAGUAGUUGAGGAAGUUGUUACUGGUAACGAUGGUUUAGUGCGUUCGGCGAUAAUCAGAACGAACAGUGGUCGAACUUCACGUCCGAUCGUCAAACUCUAUCCUCUAGAAAUAAACGAAGUACCACCAUCUGAUGAAUAUGUGGACGAACCAAACAACGAAGAAAUACCGACAAGAACAUUGCCCGUGCGGAAGGCAUCAAUUCGUGCAAAGGAAAGAAUAAAAUCAUGGACUCGUUAAAGUUUAAUUCAAAUUCCUAUUUUUUGUGUUAUGAAAAGACAGUAAUUCCUGCAAGUGUAAAAUUAAAUUUCUUUUCUUUAUUGAUGAACAUUAAAAGUAAUAUUCCA